AUGUCCGGAUUUGACGACCCCGGCAUUUACUACAGCGACAGUUUUGGGGGGGAUGCUUCGGCGGACGAGGGGCAGGGUCGGAAGUCGCAGGUCCAGAAGGGGUCAAGGCAGUACCGGGUGGGCACGGACCGGACGGGCUUCACCUUCAAAUACAGGGAUGAGCUUAAACGGCACUAUAACCUGGGUCAGUACUGGGUGGAGGUGGAGAUGGAAGACUUGGCAAGCUUUGAUGAAGAUCUUGCUGACUAUCUGUACAAGCAACCAGCAGAGCACCUGCAGCUGUUGGAAGAAGCAGCAAAAGAGGUUGCAGAUGAGGUCACCCGUCCUCGGCCUUCAGGGGAGGAGACUCUGCAGGACAUCCAGGUGAUGCUGAGGUCAGAUGCCAAUGCAGCCAGCAUCCGCAGCCUGAAGUCAGACCAGAUGUCCCACCUGGUGAAGGUCCCCGGGAUCGUGAUCGCAGCGACCCCCGUGCGAGCCAAGGCGACCCGCAUCGCCAUCCAGUGCCGCAGCUGCCGCAACACCAUCCACAACAUCGCCGUGCGCCCGGGCCUGGAGGGCUACGCCCUGCCCAGGAAGUGCAACACAGAACAAGCCGGCCGCCCCAAGUGCCCCCUGGACCCUUAUUUCAUCAUGCCAGAUAAGUGCAAGUGUGUGGACUUCCAGAUCCUGAAGCUGCAGGAGUCCCCAGAUGCUGUCCCACACGGGGAGAUGCCCCGGCACCUGCAGCUCUACUGCGACAGGUACCUGUGUGACAAAGUGGUCCCAGGGAACAGAGUCACUAUCAUGGGCAUCUACUCCAUCAAGAAGUCUGCCCAGAGCAAGCACAGAAGCCGUGACAAUGUGGGAGUGGGCAUCCGAAGCGCCUACAUCCGCGUGGUGGGCGUUCAGGUGGACGUGGAGGGCUCAGGACACAGCUUCGCUGGGUCAGUGACCCCUCAGGAAGAGGAGGAGCUCCGUCACCUGGCUGCCACGCCCAACGUCUACGAGACCAUUGCCAAGAGCAUCGCCCCCUCCAUCUACGGCAGCACCGACAUCAAGAAGGCCAUCGCCUGCCUCCUCUUCGGGGGCUCCCGCAAGAGGCUCCCGGAUGGGCUGACCCGCAGAGGAGACAUCAACUUACUGAUGCUAGGAGACCCUGGCACGGCCAAAUCCCAGCUGCUGAAGUUUGUUGAGAAGUGUUCGCCCAUUGGGGUGUACACCUCUGGGAAAGGCAGCAGUGCUGCUGGUCUGACGGCCUCGGUGAUCCGUGACCCUUCCUCCAGGAACUUCUUCAUGGAGGGAGGAGCCAUGGUGCUGGCAGAUGGGGGUGUGGUCUGCAUCGAUGAGUUCGACAAGAUGCGAGAGGAUGACCGUGUGGCCAUUCACGAGGCCAUGGAGCAGCAGACCAUUUCCAUUGCUAAGGCAGGCAUCACGACGACGCUCAACUCCCGCUGCUCGGUGCUGGCAGCUGCCAACUCCGUCUUUGGGCGCUGGGAUGAGACCAAGGGCGAGGAGAACAUCGACUUCAUGCCCACCAUCCUCUCCCGAUUUGACAUGAUCUUCAUCGUCAAGGACGAGCACAACGAGGAGCGGACCCCAUCCAUUUCUCCUCCCACCCACAGGCAGGCCGUGGAGGGCGAGAUCGAGCUGAACAAGCUGAAGAAGCUCAUCUCCUUCUGUCGGAUGAAGUGUGGCCCCCGUCUGUCGGCAGCGGCGGCGGAGAAGCUGAAGAACCGCUACAUCCUGAUGAGGAGCGGCACCCGGCAGCACGAGCAGGAGAGCGACCGCCGCUCCAGCAUCCCCAUCACCGUCCGGCAGCUGGAGGCCGUUGUGCGCAUCGCCGAGGCCCUGGCCAAGAUGAAGCUCCAGCCCUUUGCCACCGAGGCCGACGUCGAGGAGGCCUUGAGGCUCUUCCAGGUGUCCACGCUCGACGCGGCCAUGUCGGGCAGCCUGGCAGGAGCAGAAGGCUUCACGACGCAGGAGGACCAGGAGAUGCUGUCCCGCAUCGAGAAGCAGCUGAAGCGGCGCUUCGCCAUCGGCUCCCAGGUGUCAGAGCACAGCAUCGUGCAGGACUUCGUGCGGCAGAAAUACCCAGAACACGCCAUCUACAAGGUGCUGCAGCUGAUGAUGCGACGGGGGGAGAUCCAGCACCGCAUGCAACGCAAAGUCCUCUACCGCAUCAAGUGA